AUGUUAGUUGAUUCUCCAGCUCUAAAACGGAGGAGAUUCGCCGAUCAACUUGUUAUGGAAAAGCUUGUUGCUGCAAAGCAAACUUAUGGUCGGGAAAUCCGUGUAUUCGAGACAACAACAGCAACAAUCUCUCAAACAUCAAAUGAUGUCUCUGGCAGUGAGGAAUCAGAUGACCUGGAAUUCACGACUGCAGAUUAUUAUCGCAUCUUGGCUACUAAAAAAGAAGAUAAAUAUUUGAAAACAAAGAAAAUUCGAGACGCAGAAGCAGCAGCUAGUAGAUCAAGAAUUACCAAGGCAGUGAUUCGUAUAAGGUUCCCAGAUAACCACACAUUAGAAGCCACAUUCCAUCCAACAGAGACAAUGCAAAGUUUAGUUGAUCUUCUUGGGAAAGUUGUAGCUCGACCAGACCUCCCUUUCUAUAUAUAUACUAUACCUCCCAAGAAGCAAAUAAAGAACAUGUCUCAGGAUUUCUAUUCUGCUGGUUUUGCUCCUGGUGCAAUCGUCAAUUUUUCAUAUGACAUACCACAAGGUGAUGAUAAUACUGCUGCACAAGGCCCAUUUCUUAAAGAGGAUGUCAUGGCUUUAAAAGAUCUUGACGGCCUUAUACCCGAGCCUGAUCAACCUGCUCCCGAGCCUGCUGUGACGGCUCCUGCUCCGGUACAGAAGCCAGCUGGCGAGAAGAAGAUGGUGAAGCCAAAGUGGUUGAAAAUGUGA